AAGAUGAAUACGAAGUUUACUUGUUUAAACUGGUUGAGAUAAAUUAAAACUUACUGAAGGUUAAAUGUUUCAGCUAUAAUGCAAUGUACUUAUGAUUCUUGUCGCAGUUUUCGCUUUCAUUUUGUACUGCUGCAAUUUCUUACAAAUAGCCAAUUUUGAACAGAAAUUUUCUACAUUUUUUAUAUUUUAAAAGUGUUCAACAUUCCUAUAUAUAAACGGUUAUGUAAGCUUUAUCUUAACUAGCAAGUGGAGGGUGAAAUAUACAGAUAAGUUUACAUUGGAGCGUUUUAUUUGAAUAACCUAGAUUUAAUUCUGUAGAUAAUAAUUAGACAUUGACGAAAAGCUAUUUAAAGUAGACAUUUAAGCUAUAGUUGUAAAAAUGGCCUGCGCACCUAAACAAAACCCAAAGGAUAGGAGAAUUGUUGAUAAUAUGAUAAUUGGAGGAAUUAUCUUAACCUGUACAGUACUACCUGUUGGAUUUUACUUCAUGCCAGUGUCUGAUGUACGACUAGAAACGGCAUGGCAACGUGUUAUAUUCACAUUCCGUUGGCAAACGUUAUCAUUGCUUACUUCAUUAUUUGGAAUACAUCGUCUGAUGCACCUUCGACACACCACUGCAGCUAUCAACCCCAUGUCUGGCAAUGACAACAUUUUGGAGAUAGACGCAAGGUAUCUACAGAACACGUUCGAACAGCUCUUUAUCAGCGCAAGUGGACAGCUGAUCCUAGCAACAUACCUCGAGAAUAGUGUACAGCGCGUAAUACCCGUGCUAGUUUUAUAUUUCGUAUUGUCAAGGGCAAUAUUCUACUAUGGAUAUAUAAAAAGUCCCUUGAAACGUGCAAUAGGAAUGUGCAUGACAUAUGCACCAAACCUGGUUACAUAUCCGUUUUCUUUGUACUGCUUGAUUGUAUAUGGACCUCUUUACGGAUUGAAAUAGCCUUAAGCUGGAAAAAACGUACGUUUUGAAUUUCCAGUGAAUGACAAAAAAAAAUAUUGUGUGUGUGUGUGUGUGGUUUAUUUUUUCUAAACAUAAUUUCGUUAUGAAUCACCCUAAUGUUUUUCUUUAUCCAUCGGAAUGUAACAAUUUUCAUAUUUUGGUAACCUUAUUAAUAACAACUAUCGUGUAGCUUUACUAAUUUAACAACCCCAUUUUUUGAAAAGUCGCAAAAUACAUAAUGAAAUGUCUAGAAUUUACAAAUUAGUGGAAAACGUUAUGAGGAAGAAAAUGAUGAGAAAAGCAAAUCAAAACAGUUUUCACGCUUUAUUGUAGGAAGAGAAUUUUAAGUAUGUAUGCGAUAUCUAACCAACUCCUAGCAAAACAUAUCAAAAUAUACAUUUCUGUUUAAUUAAUGGAUGGCAUUCCCUCAUUUUGUAAAGCACAAAAUAUAUACGUCUGUGUGACUGACUGUAAAAUGGGAUAGAAAAAUAUUUGCAUGAUUCAAUACUUUUGAAAUUUGAAUAUGUUAAUAACUACAUGUUGAUUAAAUUGUAAGCUUGAUGUCAAAAAGAACUAUUGAUCCUAAAAUAUUGGCAAAAUAUUGGCAAAAUAGCGAAAAUCCGCCGUUUAAGGACGCUCGCUACAGUUUCGUAAUUUUUUUCUCAAUAAUAGAUUUUGAUGAGAUGUUUUGUAUUAAAAGAUCAGGUUAUGAUGUAUUGAAAAAUGAAAUAAAAAGUACUAGGUCA